AGUAUCCGUAUGUUAGUUGAGAUUCGUAGGGUUUGCUAAGUUCACUUGGAUUUCUUACUUAUUUUCCUAAUCAAUUCUUCCAGAAAGUCACGCAUCAGCCACUCGUCAACUAAUCAAAAACACAAAAUGCUAAACGAAUGUAUUAACCGAACCAUUUUUUUCAUGCGUGCGUGGAGUUACCACUUUCACCGCGUCAAGUCCUCAAAGGCAUGACCUGACCUGACCUUCCUUUCCGGACGUUGUAAGACUAUAAAUUUCACCUCGCAAGUUUUCAAUCUCGAACCCUUUCCAUGCUUCCGAAAUGGCUCCGUGGAUUUUCUUUCUCCUCGCGAUCCUCGCCUCCGCAGAACCCGAACCCACGAGACAGAACAACCAGAGCAAUCUCAUGGCAGCAAUGUCAGAUAUGAGAAGGCAAUCCUACCACGGGUUUGUCAUCCUUCUUCAGCUCCUCAACAACACCGAUUUCCUCAAGAGCACCGAGGUUACCUUCUUGAUGCCCAGCGACAGCGAUCUGUCCCAAGCAGACAUCAAUCUGGGCAAUCUCCAGACCUUUGUCCUCAGCCACAGCAUUCCAGCAUGGCUGAUGAUCAACCACAUGCUUCGUUUCCCCAACCGAACUAUGGUUCCUUCUAACUCUCAGGACCAGGUUCUAACCAUAACCAAGGCCAGAGGGACACUAGGGCUUUACGUUAACGAUGCCAGGAUCAUAUCUCCCAAUAUCUGCCAGGAUUCCCGGAUAUCCUGCCAUGGAAUCAGCAACGUCAUUAAAUUUACUGACGAGUCUUGCUCCACGGUUAUAUUAACUGCCAAAGAGAACAAAGAAGGUAAGCAAUCUGCAGGGAGUUCCUUUCACGCCAUGUUAUCCCAUUUGCAUGCAAAGCAUUCUAGAGCAACUGAGAACAAGAAAAAAGGAGGAGGAAUCCCGUUCUUACCCCUUCAUCAUCAGCGAAGAACUGCCCCGCUGCACUGAGCUUCUUCCUCCCAGAAAGUUUCAGACGGUACCCCGAUCCUCCAUUUCAUCCAGAAAUAAAAGCUUACUAACAGUUAUGUAGCUCACAGAAUGUAGAAACUAGAAAGGUAAUUAAAGAAUAAAACGGGCACGAAAAAAAUCAAAUAAGUUUCGAGCUCUCUAUUGUUACAAACUUCUUUCACUUGCACAAGAAUGCCGGAAUGAGAUCUCUCUACAUCAAAAA